CGAACUAUUUGAAACAAUCGAAUUCGCCUGGAAUUCUAUUCCAAAAGAACCAAUAGAUAGCCUAAUUGGUUCUAUGAGAAAAAGAUGUCUGGCAGUUAUCAAAAAUAAAGGUUAUGCGACUAAGUGUUAGCUUCUUUGUAUACGACAAUUGUUUUGUAUAUUAUGUUUAUCUAUUCUUGCCCGCUGUAUUUUCUAAUAAUGAUUGUUAUCAUAGUUUUAUUAAAGCAGAAAUUUUAUUUUCAUGUUGUCCUUGAAUUACAUGUUACAUUAGUUUAAUAAAAUCGUUAAAAAAAUAAAAUGUUUCUCCACUUUUGCUCGGUACUGUAUAUGAGU